AUGGGAGCAGCUGUAGGCAAGAAGCCGACCAGACUUGCCAAGAGUGAGCCAUACAUCAAGUGCGCGGCUUGUAAGCUUGCUGCGAAUGAAGCCUGGCUUCAAGUCGCACAAAAGGCAGCUGAACUUCCAGCCGGAACGCUCGGAGAGCUGGCAAUCGACGAGGUCCUGGAUGGCAUCUGCGAUCCUGACGACAAUGGAGGCGAGUGGAUGACGCACAUUGACGUUGUCCAAAAGGAGGUGUCAGACAUCCUGACCCUGGAGAAUAAAGGCGAGCUCGGAGAGUGUCGCCGAGAAUGCAACACCAUUGCGCACGCCUGCCGUGCAGUGUUCGACGAGCAUCGGGAAGAUAUGACUGAGAUGCUUUACAAGAACUACAGGCAUUCAGAGAAGAAGUUGUCUGGCGAGAAGUUCGUUUCGCGAAUCUGCACCAAGCUCUCGAAGUUUUGUCCGGGUAAGAAGCCCCCAAAGGGAUUUCAGCAUCGUGACGAAAAUUGGAUGCCCAUCGUUGAUGCUGAUGGCUACAAGAUGCGGAAGAUGCAGCACGCGCUGAACAAGCACGCCAAAACUGGGGGCGGGCAGCCCGUACAGUUCUUGGACCCGAUGGGACCUGGGAUGCUUGAUGCUGGCGAUGAAGAUCUCUAA